UUGCUGUCUUGUUGUUUGUGGUUGACUUGACAUUUGCUGAAUGUGAUAAGCUGGCGCAAAUAAUAAAAAAAAUACGGAAAACCUUCCCCAUUCCGCCACCAACAGCGCUGAUAUCGCGACUUAUUUUGGUCACGUGACCUUUCGUACCGCCAAAAUAAUUGUCAUUUUUCACCGUCACCACAAUUUUCCGUUGGUUUCCGAGGUAUUUAUCGGUAAUAAAUCAGUGUGGUAUAUUUAAAGUGCUCAAUUUGAGCAUUCUGGUACGGUUCGAGCUAGAAUAACAUAGAAAUUUUGUUGGCGGAAGUGGAAUAAUGGCCAAGGUUCACAUAACCAAUGUCGUUGUUCUCGACAACCCGAGCCCCUUUCUUAACCCGUUUCAAUUCGAAUUGACCUUUGAAUGCAUAGAAGAGCUGAAGGAAGACCUAGAAUGGAAGAUGAUAUACGUCGGUUCAGCGGAAACUGAAGAGCACGAUCAAGUUUUGGACACGAUUUACGUGGGGCCUAUACCUGAAGGUAGACACAUGUUUGUUUUCCAAGCGCCGCCGCCGGACGUGACCCGUAUACCAGAAAAUGACGCUUUAGGCGUCACUGUUGUGCUCCUAACGUGUUCAUACAGAGGCCAGGAGUUCGUUAGAGUCGGAUAUUUCAUAAAUAACGAGUACACAGAAGCGGAACCUGAGUUACGAGAAAAUCCGCCGGCAAAGCCUCAGUUUGACAAAGUAGUGAGGAAUAUCUUAGCUUCAGAGCCUAGAGUGACCAGGUUUAAGAUCAAUUGGGCGGAGCCCGACGCGGCGGCGGCUACAGACUCGGGUGAUGGUAACAUGGAAACGGUGCACGGGCCUAGCAAUGAUUCUUAUGGAGCGACAUUCAAUGCGGACUCUCAAAUAAGCGCCCUGGAGUUCGGGCAAGGCAGUUUGAGUGGUUAUGGUGAUAAUUCAAAUUCAAUAGCGCCUAUGGAAUGCUGAGAAAACCAAAUUCUAGUAUAAUGGAUGAAGUGGACAAAUCAACGAUAAGUUGAAGAAAUGACUGAUUAAUGAUUUUGCAACUUAACUCUGACGUUGACUGGCAGUGCCAGGUUUGACAGACUCGCUACUUGUAUCAGGCGGUAUUGUAACUUAACUCAUGUUAGCUUUAGGAAUUUUGAAGAAACAAGUUUAUUUGACAGAUAAAAGAUAGACAAAUACAAAACUGUGGCAUGAGAGCUCACAUACUCACUUUUUAGUUUGAGAUUUUCAUCGCCUUUCGCUGCCGCUCCGGGCACAUGUGAGCGAUUUUAGUAUGCAAAUUUAAAAGCGCGGCAUUCAAUGUGUUAAAGAGUCACAAGAGCCUAGCCGCCACCAUACAAUUAACGUUUCAUUUUAAAUUGACAUUUUGAAAUUACAUGAAAUUUGACACGAACAUUUAAGCAUCAAAGAGAAUUAAGAAGACAUAGAGUGCUCACUCCAUACGUUGGUUUUGUUACCAAAAAGACUUAUUUUCGUAGUCUACAUCUAGCGUCAAGUAGCGGAACUAUCAGUAUUGCUACUCGACACUAGAUGUCACAUGUGUCGCGACUGACGAAAAGUGUAUUGCUCAACAAUUUAUAACUAAUAUUAUAAUCUGGUUAUAAUAUCAGCUGAAAAUCAUUAGACUUUCCGUUUGCCGCGACAUCUAUUGUCGAGUAGCAGUACUGAUAGUUCCGCUACUUGACGCUAGAUGUAGACUACGAAAAUAAUAGCCGUUUUGAUAACAAAACUGAUGCAUGGAGUGAGCACUAUGGUCUUCUUAAUUUUUUUGGUAACAUAUAUAUCUAUAUCUGGUACUAGUUUCUGUCGCUAGAAAUUGUAACACGAAGAUAUUAAAGACAAAACUUGUAUUCAUUCUAUUUUCUUUUUCUUGUGUGUCUCUGAAGUUGUGAGUUUAUGUAUGUCGAGCGUAUUGAGAAAACUUGACUUAUUAUUAACAGUUUGGUAGUUGUGUGGUUGAACUUUAAGUAAAAAAAAUGGUGUUUAAUACAAGUACACAAAAAAAACAGAUUUAGGCAGUUGGAACAUUCAAAAACUUACAGCAAUUGCAGUAUAAAAUUAAUAUAAAUGCAACCUGUUUACAUAUUUGUGACAUUCCACGGGAAAAGGUAUCUUAUGGCGGCUGGCGCUUACGUAGCAACGCAAUAAUAUUGGAGCGGCGUUAAUAAAAGCGUAAGCGCCAGCCGCCAUAAGGUACCUUCAACUGUUGGACGUCACAUUUUAUUAUAAACUACACUGUGGAAGAUGAAGCUAAGUUUAAACCUAUUUCUGACUAUUUUCUUACAAAUAAUAAAAUAGAACAAAAAGACUACUAUAAAGGCAGAUAGCCUAACGGAAAAAAAAAUCAUCCAUCAUUUUAUGCAACAAGGUGUACAAAUUUUCAAAGUGAAUUCUGUUCCAUAAUUAUAAAAUAUAGUUUUGCCAUGAAAUAAAACUAUGAAAAACGGAUUAUAUCGCGUAUGUUGAAUUUAUAAUACAUCCCGACGUUUCGAACCCUUUACAGCGUUCGUGGUCAACGGGUGACUGAGGAAAAAUUACAAAGUGCAAGAAUACCCACAUACUAAAAUAAUGAACAAUCCACGCUGCUGCUGCUGCUUUAUGCUGUAAAGGGUUCGAAACGUGGGGAUGUAUUAUAAAUUCAAUAUACGCGAUAUAAUCCGUUUUUCAUAGUUUUAUUUCAUGAGUAACUAUCGCGGUAACCGAAGACAAUAUUAUAGUUUUGCCAAUUUCCGUUAGUAGAAAAGGCGGCAAAUUUAAAAAAAUGUAUGCGUGAAGGGUUGUACUCCCAUGAAUUUAGCGUCUUUUUUCUACUUAUAAAGUAAAGUGGGUAUUAUUUGUUUGAUGAUAGAAAAGAGGUAACCAUGUGAAUUAUUACUGUUUUUUUAUGGCAGUGUUCUCAACACAUUAUGACUUAUGAUAAAUAAUGUUAAUAUUUUUAUUACUAAGCUAAACCAACUUAUUGCUGACACCCCUCCAGUUGACACUUUGAAACAAUAGCACAGAAUAAGUAAUAGUAUUAUCAAACAGAACGGCCACGCCCCGCCCCGCCCUGACUCGAAUUACCUCGCCCCGCGACAGCAGAUUGACGGCCGUUUGCCGGCCGCUCAGUACUAUUUUUAAGCAACUCACUCACACAAUGACGCAUGACGCGUGUACAGACGUGCCGUUCACACAUAGAAACGCAAGUGAUUUUUGAUGUAUAGCGUGUCCGCCCUGUGACAAUAGUGAGGAAAACUGGCUAACUUAAACCGAUAAAAAGGUGUUUUACCUUUUGUUAUUGGUCUUGACAAUAAAACAUACGAUAGAUGGCACUAUGUGUCUAAACAAAAAGGAAUUAAUGUAACGAUUCGCACGCUUCUGGUACGCUUCAGUAGCUCAGUUGCUUAAGAGCGAUUGGACCGGUUUUCCGAAUGGUCACAAGUUCGAAUCUUGCCUGAAAUAAUUUUUCCUUUAUAUCAUUUUUUUUAAGAUCUGAAGUUAAAACAGAUGUGGCCUACAGAAUGAUAAAAAUUGCAUAACUAAAAUAUAAUAUAAGUAGUUUGGGGCUGUAAACAGUUACCGUAGUUAUGCAGAAAACGACCAACUCCAUUUUUUAACAAUGCAGAAAGCGACGAAAUCCACUGAGAUAAGGUGUAAGUCACUGAGAAAUAUAAAAAGUUGGUCGCUUUCUACAGAACUACAGUCAGUUAUCUGUUUCUAAAGUGAGACUGCAAUACAGUUAAUACUUGAGAGGUUUUGUAUUAUGAACCCAUAUUACACAAUUAUAAUUAUCAUACAAUACUUGGAUACAAAAGAAGAAGCAACAAAUAAAUAAAAUAAAACUUUAAUAUAGCGGUCUGACAACCGAAAAACUAAGAAAAUAAGUAAUUUCUAUAUGUAUAAUUUGUGUUUUAAUUUAAUGUUAAUUUUAAAUUGUUAGUUAAUAACAAAGAGUUCAAAUUUCUUUGCUGUUAUUUAGUUUCUUUUUGUAUCAUGUCUUUUGUAAUUAAAAUCUAAGUUUAUACAAACCUGAAAGUAAUAAUAUAUUUAACACUGCAUUUUGUGCGUGAGUUCUGAGUCAUUGUAAGGAAGUGUUGCUUGCCCCCAUAUUUGGGUAUAUUUGGGUUGUGGGAAGUUUUCAAAAAGUUUAUGGGCACUCAUGUCGAAAAUGCUUGGAGCUCGUUCCCAAACUGUUUUGUCGAGUUGAUCAAAUAUUAUUAAAUUAUUAUGUACCCCUUAGCAGUUUGUAUAAAAUUAUUUAUUGGUUUUUAAACAUGAUUUAUCUAUGAUACUUUGAAAAAAAAUCUCAGUUAUCUUUCAAUGAACAUACUAAAGUCGUGUACAUUUUGCUUUAAACAAUGAAUAAUUAAAUUGUAUCUCGUUGUCAUGGAAAGAUGUAUUGUUUAAAAGGUUUUUAUUCAAAGUAUUUGUCGAUUUUUAUUGCUGACACCAUUUUAAUCGCCUCGCAUUUAGAUAUGAGAUUAAAUGAAACUCAAGUGACAGCCCUAUUUUUACAUGAAUAAAUCCUAGUAAGCCUACCGAAGUGACAAGUCUAAUAAGUCUUCAAAGGAAUGGUAGUCGUGGUCGGUUAACCUUUUGAACGCUGAGAGCGCCAAGGUGGACAACUAUAGGUGUUUUGACGUACGCUGUCAAAGUAACCUUCACACUAUGGAAUAGUCUCCAUGCUUCACACUUUAAAGUAAGGUUUACUUUACGCUUGCGCGCGAGAUUUAGGCGUGUGAGUGACGUUUUUGUUUAUAAUGUAAAAGCAUUCAUAGGUGUUUAGUGAAUUGUAUUUACACAAAAACCUCUUAGUCCUCUUAUGGGUUUCUAAGAACGCCAGUCACCAUAAUACACAUUGCGUGAUCCUUUUAAUAAUGAUACAAGUUUGAAUGUUAACUUUUUUUUUAUACCACGUCGGUGGCAAUCAAGCAUACGGCCCGCCUGAUGGUAAGCAGUUACCGUAGCCUAUGGACGCCUGCAACACCGGACAUAUUACACGCGCGUUGCCGACCCUUUAAAAACCUGUACACUCCUUUUUUGAAGAACCCCAUACUGUAGCUCCUCGGGAAAACCUCGGCAGGGAGCUCAUUCCACAGCCGAAGCGUACGCGGGAGGAAAUUCCCCCUUAAACCGCACAGUACGCGACCAUUUAGGUGCUAGGGUGUGAGGAUUAUUGGUAACAUUGAUGAAAAUAAACGCUUUUUUUUUAAAUGAGAAGCUUGAAAACGAAAGCGAGCAAGCUUGUGGCAAUGACAAUGAAAUUGACUCGUAAUUUUUUCGUACAAUUACCACUAAACUACUUCGGGCUACGCUUUCUGUUGACAAUUAAGCAAGCCGUGCGGUUGUUUGCCACCGCCGUUAUAGUUUCAAAUAGACUCGUCAUUUCGGUAGUGACAAUUAAAAAAACUGGACAUUGUGCUGUGAUUGUAAGUAAUACCAUGAACAGUCUGCUGAAGCAUGUAUUUGUGAACUAAACUCGUAUUUAUAAUUAAAACUGAUUUAAGAACUUUA